CGGUUCGUUCGGACAUGCCAGUCAUGUCAACCGCGGGAACUUGUCAGACGAAAUAUUAUAGUUAUGGUCAGGUUAGUAUUGAUGUCUUUACUGUCUCAUCUCACCUGUACGUUCACAAACCACGUGACAUAGGUUACACUCAGGUGAGAGUCUGACACACGUACUUGCUGUCACAAUAUAUCUGAACUUGUGGGAGGAGCAUCUGGAUCACUGCCACACACUACAGCAACUUAGUGUUGUUGUUCACUUCCAUGAAGAAUCGGUCCAGCUGGGCCUGCAAACACAGCGGAAAACCGAGCCGCCGCGACUUAGAGCUUGUGUUGUAUUCGACCGUUGAUUGUUAGCUAGAGGAACCGGAGCAGGAACAGAGGGAGGCGGAUCCGAGAGGAGAAGAGACCGCUGUGUUACAGGGGAGUGACCGUGAUGAUGGCGUCCCUCGGUAACACCGGCAGCGCCUCCAGCCCGAUGGUCAUGCUCGCCCCCAAAACCAAGACCAAAAAGAAACAUUUCGUGCAGCAGAAGGUCAAAGUGUUCCGGGCGAGCGACCCGAUGCUCAGUGUGUUCAUGUGGGGCGUUAAUCAUUCGAUAAAUGAUUUGAAUCAAGUUCCAGUGCCUGUCAUGCUGCUCCCUGACGACUUCAAAGCCAACACCAAAAUUAAAGUGAACAACCAUCUCUUCAACAAAGAGAAUCUUCCAGGCCAUUUUAAAUUUAAGGAGUACUGCCCGCAAGUCUUCAGGAACCUCAGGGAGCGAUUUGGAAUUGAAGAUCUUGACUAUCAGGUGUCUCUGGCUCGCAGUGCUCCCAUGAGAGGCGAUGGACAGGGAGAAGGUCUUCUCUUCACGUCCUAUGACCGUACGCUGAUAGCAAAGCAGAUCUCCAGUGAAGAAGUAGCUGAUAUGCAUAACAUUCUAUCCGAGUAUCACCAGCAUAUAGUCAAGUGUCAUGGCAGUACACUCCUCCCUCAGUUUUUGGGCAUGUACCGGGUUACGGUGGAGAGCGAGGACACGUACCUGAUCGUCAUGAGGAACAUGUUCAGCCACAGACUCGUUGUCCACAGGAAAUACGACCUGAAGGGUUCCCUGGUUGAUCGUGAGGCCAGUGACAAAGAGAAGGUGAAAGAGCUGCCGACUUUUAAAGACAUGGAUUUCAGAAAUAACAUGCAGAAGGUGUACGUGACAGAAGAGCAGAAAGAGAAGAUUAUGGAGAAGCUAAACCGAGAUGUAGAGUUCCUGGUGAAGCUGAAGAUAAUGGACUACAGCCUGUUGUUAGGCCUCCAUGACGUGGCACGUGGCGAGCGGGAGGAAGAGGAGGCCGAGGAGCCCAGCUGUGAAGAUGACACUGAUCCCGAGAAUGGCCUUGCUCCGGCCGUGCAGGUGGGCUCGUAUGGCACGUCGCCGGAGGGCAUCGCCGGUUACAUGAACUCCUUCAAACCCUUGGGACCUGGAGAAUUUGACCCUUACGUUGAUGUAUACGCUGUCAAAAGUGCCCCAGGAGCGCUGCAGAGGGAGGUGUAUUUCAUGGGCCUCAUUGAUGUGUUGACGCAGUACGACACUAAGAAGAAAGCUGCCCACGCUGCGAAGACCGUUAAACAUGGCGCUGGUGCUGAAAUAUCUACGGUUCAUCCAGAGCAGUAUGCCAAACGAUUCCGUGAAUUCAUCUCCAACAUUUUUGCGUAACCGCUUUUGGGUGUCUUCGGCAACACUUCAAGGUCACUUUUCACCCCAAAAUCAAAAGAAAAAAAAUCAUAAAUUAUAUUUUGCAUAAAGAAAUUAGGUCUGU